AAGACGAUGGCCAGAUCUAUUUGCUAGAGAACAACAGCUUCUGAAGCUCUGCAGCUCUUUUGAUUAAGCUUUGCAACGCCACCUCCAACCAUGGGAAGAGAGAAGACUCACGUUAACGUGGUGAUCAUCGGCCAUGUUGACAGUGGGAAAUCCACCACCACCGGACACCUGGUCUACAAGUGUGGAGGAAUUGAUCAAAGGAGGCUGGAGAAAUUUGAGAAGGCUGCGAAUGAAAUGGGGAAGAGCUCCUUUAAGUUUGCCUGGGUGCUAGACAAGCUGAAAGCUGAGCGGGAGCGAGGAAUCACCAUUGAUAUCACGCUGCUGAAGUUCAACACCCAGAAAUACAUCAUGACUGUAAUUGACGCUCCAGGCCACCGUGACUUCAUCAAAAACAUGAUAACUGGGACGUCACAGGCUGACGUUGCCCUCCUGGUGGUCUCUGCAGCCAAAGGCGAGUACGAGGCCGGCGUGUCUCGGAGUGGUCAGACCAGAGAGCAUGCCUUGCUGGCUUAUACUCUAGGUGUGAAGCAAAUCAUAGUCUGUGUGAACAAGAUGGACCUGACUGAGCCACCUUACAGCCAGAGCCGCUUCGAGGAAGUGAUGCGAGGGGUGAGCGGCUUCCUCAGGAAGAUUGGCUACGACACCACGGCUGUGCCCUUCGUUCCGGUUUCGGGCUGGACUGGGGAGAACAUGAUCACCGCAUCUCAAAGGAUGCCGUGGUUUCAAGGCUGGAAGGUGAGACGAAGGGAAGGGAAUAAAAGUGGGAGGACGCUGCUUGAAGUCCUGGACUCGAUUCAACCACCUGUGCGCACAGUCAACAAGCCACUACGAUUACCUCUGCAGGAUGUCUACAAAAUUGGAGGAGUUGGGACGGUACCAGUGGGUAAAAUUGAAACCGGUGUCCUGAAGCCUGGCAUGAUGCUGACGUUCUCCCCUGCCAAGCUCACUGCAGAGGUCAAGUCUAUCGAGAUGCACCACCAGGGGCUGGAGACGGCUCUGCCAGGCCACAAUGUUGGCUUUAACAUCAAGAACGUGUCCGUGAAGAACCUGCGGCGUGGGGACGUGGCUGGGAACGCUCAGCAGGAUCCUCCUUCAGAUGUUAAAAGCUUUGAUGCUCAGGUGAUAAUCCUGAACCACCCAGGGAAGAUCAAAGCAGGCUACUCCCCAGUUCUGGACUGCCACACAGCCCACGUCACCUGCCGCUUCGCCGAGCUGAAGGAGAAGCUCGACCGCCGCACGGGCAAGAAGCUGGAGGACAACCCGCAGAUCGUCAUGUCUGGAGAUGCAGCCACAGUCAAACUGGUCCCCAUCAAGCCCAUGUGUGUGGAGAGCUUCUUCACAUACCCUCCUUUAGGUCGCUUCGCGGCGAGAGACCUGAAGCAGACGGUCGCUGUAGGAGUCAUCAAGUCAGUGGAGAAGAACCACGGCUCAAAACCUCACAAAGCUCAAGUUUGUAAAUAAGUUUGUGGUUUACCAGAGGUCUGGUAAUGCUGCUUCAUGGGAAGAGUUUUAUUUGAUGAAAUGUAUUUGUGUUGUGACACAAAAAGCUUAUGUUGUCUUUAAAGUGUAUAGUAUUCCUGUGUUGAUAAACCCAGAAGUAGAGUUGGAUUUUUUUUUUUUUUUUUUUUUUUUUUUUUUUUUUGGUUUAAAAUUGAAUCUCUCAAAAUAAAGUAGUGUGGAGAAGAA